AAGCACGCACCAACCACUCAUUCAAGCGUCACGAUAAUUCCCUUCCGCCAUCUUUUUCUACCUACACAUACAUAUGUGUUUUCUACAACCGCAAUUCUUGCGACUUUCGUCUAAACAUAGUAUACUACGAAACCCUCCAUUCGUUUCUUCUUUUUCUUUUCCUAUCCCUAGGAAUUGUUCGCGCGCCGCUAGUACGGGUGGAAUUUCUAAAUUUGCAGUUAUGUCUCGUAGGUUCCUUUUUGUUGAAUUUUAAGAACUGGUGAUUUGGAGGAUUGAGAAUCGAGGAUUGAGGAUUGAGGAUUGAAGAUUGAGGAUUGAGGAUUGAAGAUUGAGGAUUGAGGAUUGAGGAUUGAGGAUUGAGGAUUGAGAAUUGAGAAUUGGAGAAUAGGAAGAAGGAAGAAAAGAACUCAAACCUAACAAACUCACCAGCAACCCCCCCAACCACCAACCCCAUCAUCAUCAGCGGUCCCUCGGGCGUCGGCAAAGGAACACUCUAUUCGCGACUCCUAGCCAACCAUCCCAAUCUCUUCACCACAUCUAUUUCGCACACGACGCGAGCGCCGCGUCCAGGAGAGACGCGCGAUGUCGAUUAUUAUUUUGUGCCCAUGGAGGAAUUCGAGGCGAUGAUUGCGAAGGGCGAUUUUGUUGAACAUGCUAUGUUUGGUGGGAAUAGGUAUGGUACGAGUCGGAAGAUGAUUGAGGAGAAGAGGGGGGAGGGGAAGAUUGUUGUGUUGGAUAUUGAGAUGGAGGUUUGUGGUUACCCUUUCUUUUGUUUGUUGAGAAAAGAGCGCGGGAAGGGUGAGAGGUGUUUGCACUGCUUGCUUGUUGAAGUUCAGAAUGUGGUGAGUAGUAUGAUACUAAUCGAAUAUAGGGAGUCAAACAAAUUCAUUCUCUCAACCCUCCAUUUCCGGCUAGAUAUAUAUUUAUUUCUCCUCCUUCUACUGCAGAUAUGUCUGCAUACGAGGUUUUGGAGGAGAGACUCAGGGGAAGAGGUACGGAGAAGGAAGAAUCGAUUCAGAAACGUUUGGCACAGGCGAAGCUCGAAUUGGAAUAUUCGAAGACGGAGGGUGUGCAUGAUAAGAUUAUUGUGAAUGAUGAUUUAGAGGUUGCGUAUAAGGAAUUGGAGGACUACAUUUUUGGAACUAGGGCUUAGAGGGUAUGGAUUCUGCUGGUAAAAGGUACAGGGUAGAAGGCUGAUGUGGGAUCGUUCGAGCAUGGGCAGAGAUGAUUGCUACUGAAAAAUUCCUUUGCAGCACCUGAAAGUUAUCAAGUUCAUACAUAGAUUGCAGAGGGUCUAUACAUCGGAUUCGGUGGACAUAGAAAGAGUUAUACAUAGACAAAAGUGUUCAUAGAGUAUCAACC